AUGAGCUUCUGCCGCAGUUCUGCAGUCGAGGUGGCAGCACAGAGCCGGGCAAAACAGAUUCUUGUUACUGGCGGCGUGAUGCGAAGUCACCACCUGGCAGUGGUCCCUGUGGUGGAGGGUUUGCUGGAGCGGGGCCACAAUGUGACGAUGAUCAUUCCGAAUACCACUGAGGCACACGGGUGGUUCCCAGCUGGUAUUGGAGCUGCCCAGUUGGUCUUCGUUGGCGACGAGGAUGCUUCGUUCAGCAGCAUCAAGAUUCCAGACAUGAAAAACCUGCAAUGGCACGAGCGCAUCCUUGCUUGGGGCCGAAUUGUUUGGAACUACCGGUCAAUGGUAGACAAGCCUUUCUUCUCUGUUCUCGAUGACUUUGUGACCCUCAUUCAGCAUAACAGGUUUGAUGCUGCAUUCUCCUCCGCCAUCUCAAUCGGUUGUAAUGCUGCCCUCAAACGAUCUGACAUUCCAUGGGUGGCUUUCAUGAGCGUCCCUCCUUUCCCAGAGCUGGUGCUCAGCGAUUCCGAGGAGGUCUGCAAGUACCCUAACAUGCUGAAUCCAAGGUCCGUGCCAGAUCUACGAACCUCCCUUGUGCUUCGGGUGCGGAAUCGUAUAGAAUGCAUGAUGUUGCAGGCAUACAUCAAAUUCGGGUUUUCUGUCAUGAACUCGGUGCUGAGAGACAGAGGCUAUGAGCCUGCGGAGGACUACACCAAGAUCCUCCUAGGCGCUCCAACAAACAUCAUGCUCGGCGGUCCUCCCCUCACUCUGCCAAUCAAGUUGCCUAGCGGCAGCCAUGUUGUUGGAACGGUGGAGAGGCAGAAGCCCCGAAGCCUACCGACAGAGCUUGGGCAUUGGUUGGACGAUGCGGGAACAUUCCCAGUGAUUUACGUCUCGAUGGGGACCAAGUAUGAGUUUACGAACUCCAGUGGCUCAAAGCUCAUGAAAGAGCUGAGCAGUCUAAUGGAGGAGGGCUUUCGCAUCCUGUGGUCCUUGCGUGCCUCGCAGCAGCAAGCCUUGCAGCACCUGCUUCCCCCUGCAAGCCAUCGCCUGCAGAUUGAGGAGUUCACCCCGCAGCCAGAGGUUCUAGCACACCCCGCAGUGAAAGCUUUCUUCUCACACUGUGGCUGGGGUGGUGUGACAGACACGCUGGCAGCAGGUGUGCCAGUCUUAGCAUACCCCUCGUUUUCUGACCAGAGAGGGAACGCGCAGAGGCUUGUUGAGAUCGGGGCUGCAGUGCUGGUUCACCCCGACUUCUCAAAUCUGAAGGAGGCCGGAUGCCAUAAGUAUGCGGUGGCAUUAUGUAAGCAAAGAGGCCACUGCAAAACCAAGGACUUGCAGAGCUUUGGAGGCCUUGGACGCACUUUGGACCUGAUCGAAGCAGCAGCAGAGGGGCGCUUCCCAGAACUCUUGCCGCACGUCCAGGAGAAGAUGAGCCAAGUGGAUCCGCUUUUUUUACGAGAUCACGGGGUCGAGAAAACCUUGAGCGUGAUUUUCUUAAUUCUGAUGAUAUGCGUUUUGCUAAUCUGCUGCCGCUUGACUUUCCUGUUCGCGCGUCGUUGUCUGGCAGCUUUGCGAAGGGUCCUGCUCCGUCGCUGGGCAGCAAGAAAGAAUGUGAAUUGCUGA